AUGAACAACAAAACCAAAUCUGCCAAAGCUCACAGAAAAGUUCGAUUAAAAUGCGAUCAUAUAAAGGCACUGAAGCGUUUAGUAUCAAAUUUUUUCUUCAUUUUAAUCUUAAGUAGUGUAAGUUGUUUAGAAACGCGGAACAAUCGUCCCCCUCGCUUUCUCAUUGACGAUCAACAUUCAGAAAUAGUUCUUCGUUUGAGAGAAGGCCCCGACACACCCGUGGGGAGUCUUAUUUAUAAACUAAAAGGCUUCGAUCCAGAUGGCGACGAACUGGAUUUUGGAGUUCAAAGUACAUACGAUAGUGAUAUCAUUAGCGUAAAGAAAUUAGACAAUAAUGAAGCAGGGAUUUUUCUGGAGAAGGAACUCGAUCGAGAGACCAAAGAUGCUUACACGAUCAUUUUAACGUUGACUGAUAACAAACUUGGAGAGGGUCGAUUCGUAACUCAAAGUCUUCUGAUGCUUGUGGAAGAUGUGAACGACUCUGAACCAGUUUUCACUCCAUUUCCUUCAGCGGUAGAAGUUCCAGAAAAUAGUCACCCAGGAGUAUUACUUACAGUUGAAGCAACAGAUCGAGAUGAAGGUGCUUACGGUCAAGUUGUUUAUUAUCUAGAAGAACUUGAUGGUGAUAACGAAGCAUUCUCAAUUUCAACGAAUCAAGGAAAAGGAAUAAUUCGAGUUAGACAACCAUUAGAUUAUGAAAGAAAAAGUUUGUAUCAGUUGAAAGUUCUUGCGAUUGAUCGUGCAAAUCAAGGUCGAAUUAAUACCGGAACUGCUGCACUUGUCGUGAAAGUGAAAGACUUAGAAGAUCAAGGUCCCGAGUUUGUUUCGCAAUCGCCUGUCACAAGAAUAUCAGAAAGCAUACCAAAAGGAAGUGUCGUCACCACAGUGCGUGCAAUCGAUGGUGACAGAGGAAUUAACAAUAAAAUUAAAUACUCAAUUGUGAGAGGUAGCAACAAUAUGUUCAAGAUUGAUGAAGACACCGGAAUCAUCACGACAAUAAAAUCGCUUGACCGUGAAGACAGUCGAAAUCUCAUUAAUGGCGCUUAUAUUUUGGAAAUUCUCGCUGUUGAACGAAAUUCAAAAGUAACACCAGCACCAUCAGUGAAGACUGAAAUAACAAUAAUUUUAACUGAUGAAAAUGACUCAACACCAUCAUUCAAAAGCAAUCGAUACGAAUGUGAAAUUGCGGAAAAUGCUCAACAAAACACGCCAGUCAACUUUCUUCAAAUUGAUCCAAAAAAUGAAGUUUUCGAUUAUGAUUUAGGAAAUAAUGGAACAUUUGAACUCUUUCUAGAACCACCAAAUGAUGUUUUUGAGAUAUCACCAAAACGAAGUUUAAAUGAAGCAACUUUUAUUGUUCGAGUGAGAAAUCCUAAAAUUCUCGACUACGAAAGAAUUAAAGUUUUGAAUUUCACGAUUGUUGCUAAAGAGAUAACUGAAAAUGGGAAAUUUAGUUCAGUUCCAUUAAUUGUGUACAUUAAAGAUCGCAAUGAUAACAUUCCGCAAUUUUCAAAGCAAUCUUAUAAUGUGUUAGUUCCUGAAAAUGUUGCCGUAGGCGUUUCAAUAGCGAGAAUCGAAGCCAUCGAUCUCGAUUCUGGAAAUUAUGGAACACAAAGCAUCAGAUAUACGGGACUGACUGGAAGUGUGGCACAACUUCUAAAUAUGCAUCCAAACACCGGCAUCAUCACAGUAAAAAGCACCGCAGGGAACUUCUUUGAUCGCGAACUUUAUGAAAAGCAUUAUUUGACUGUUGAAGCGAAAGACAAUUUCGGAGAAGGAAAUCGCAACACAGUUCCACUUAUAAUUACUCUUGAAGAUGUUAACGAUAAUCCACCAAUCUUCUUACAACGAAAAUAUGAAACAAGAUUGUUUGAAAAUCGAAAAGCAUUUGAAACUUUACUUCAAGUUGAAGCACGUGACGCUGACGUUAAUGGAACAAGAAACAGCGAAGUUUUCUAUGAAAUUAUUGAAGGCGAAUUUAAAAAUAAUUUCACAAUUGAUUCAAUAUCAGGAAUCAUAAGAUUAAUAAGUCCAAUUGACUUUGAAAAGUUAACAAGAAAGCAUCAGUCGUCAAUGCGACCGAUUCAGUUAAUAAUUCAAGCUUCAGAUGGUGGAGUGCCAGAAAUGUUUUCAGAAGUUCCUGUCAUUAUCAAUGUUCAAGAUGAAAACGAUUUUGUUCCAAUAUUUGAACGUUCAACUUAUGAAAUUGCUGUGAGUGAACAACUUCAGAGUGGAACAUCGAUCAUGACGGUAAUGGCAGUUGAUGGCGAUGGAUCGGCACCUAACAAUGUCGUUUAUUAUCGAAUUUUGAAAGGUGCUUUCGAUAAAUUUGUCAUUGGCUCCGACACUGGAAUCAUUUCAGUCGCAAAUGGAGCCUCACUUGAUCCUGACUUGUCAGAUCCGAAAAAGAAGAAUUAUUUACUGACAGUAGCAGCACUUGAUGGUGGUGAUCAGCAAUUGACGAGUACAUGCGUUGUCAACAUUACCGUACUUGAUGUCAAUAACAAAGUUCCAUUCUUUAGUGAAUUUGAGACAAUUUUCAUUAAAGAGAACACACAAGUUGGCACUUACGUUUAUCAACUGGUAGCAGAUGAUUUAGACGAUGAGCCAGUGCUUCGAUAUUUCUUCGACAGUGAAUUAUCAGAAGCUCGUACUGAAGAUGGUGUCAUCAUCAAACAAACAGAAUAUGACUACAUGUCGGCUUUUGAUUUGAAUCCAAAUCAAGGUUUAAUUCGUGUUGUGAAAUUACUUGAUCGAGAAAAAAUCGAAACGCUAAAAAUUGGAGUCGUUGUUGAAGACAUUGCAUCAAUUAAUGGAAAGCAAUUAGCGAUGGGAAUUUUAUCAAUUGUGAUUACAGAUGAGAAUGAUAAUAAUCCGAAAUUUCACAAGCCAUUUUAUCGACGAUCGAUUGUUGAAAAUAGUCAACUUGGCACUUUAAUUCUUAAUGUUGUGGCUACUGAUGCAGACAAGAACAAGUCAGUCACUUAUGAACUUGAUGGACCUGAAGAGAUUCUCAAUCUUGUACAUUUAGACGCAGUUUCUGGUGAAAUUGUGGUGCAAGAAAAAAUUGACCAUGAAUUGUUUCAAUGGCUUAACUUCACUGUCAGAGCCAUCGAUUCGGGAAUCCCUUCGAGAUCAUCACUUGCUGAUUGCUUCAUUCAAGUGAUAGAUGAGAAUGACAACAAUCCUUACUUCGUAACUGAUUUUCAGAAUCUCACAAUUUAUGAAAAUCAACCGAUUGGAACUGAAAUUGCCAUCAUUGAAGCGCACGACGCUGAUUCAGGCGAUUACGGAAAAAUUACUUUUCUAAUUGAUCGAUUAAGUUCGCAAGGAAAGUUUUCAAUUGAUGCUGAAAGUGGCAUCUUAAAAGUUGCUGAUCAAAUCGAUCGAGAAACCAAAUCAUCUUAUGCGAUUGUCAUUGAAAUUUGGGAUAAUUAUCACUUUGGAGCGACAAGCGGUGAAAGUCGAAACGCUUUCAAACAAUUCUUUAUAAAAGUACUUGAUGAGAAUGAUCAUGCGCCGGUUAUUGAGUUUCCAUCACAGAAAGAACCUGCGUGCACUUCCAUAACAGAGUUUCAUGAUACUAAAGAGGUUGUAACUUUAAUACGAGCGAGUGACGCAGAUGAUCCAAUGACACCCAAUGGACAAUUAAGAUUCGAGAUACGAGGUGGAUCGGCAGCUGAUUUAUUUGUGUUAAAGCAAAUUGAUCCUUGGAAUGCAAAUGUUUAUGCCAGAGGAAAGUUGAAUAAACUUUAUGGAAAUUACUCAUUAAAUAUAAAUGUGAAAGAUCUCGGAACACCUCAGAAAGCAAUCGACAUGAAGAUUGAUAUUUGUAUUCAAGAUUAUAAUGAUCAUGCACCAUAUUUUGUGACUCCAAUGAAUAAUUAUACAAUUCGCAUUCCAGAGAAUGCAACAGUUGGACAAAUCAUCACAAAAGUUCAUGCAAAAGAUGAAGAUGUUGGCUUAAAUGCUUUAGUAAAGUAUCGAUUAAAGCCUGAUUUGUUUGGCAAUUAUAAAACAUUUGCAAUAGAUGAGAACACCGGUUUGUUAUCUUUAAGAGUUCCACUUGAUCGAGAACGUCAGAAACUUUAUGAAAUUCGUGUCGAAGCUUACGACCAGGGAAUUCCAAAAGAACUGUCAUCAGAUCUUGAUCUCAUCAUUUAUGUCCAUAGCGUUAGCAACUACGAACCUUCAUUCAUUGUGCAAUCGAUUUCAGUAAACUUCACAGAACAUGUGGAGCCUGGUGUUGAGAAACGAAAACUCCCAGACACAAUAGAUCGUGACGAAGUCGAUGAUUUGGAUGAUGAUCCAUCAGCUGUUUGCUAUUACAUAGUCGAUGGAGAUAAAGAAGGAAUUUUCAAUUUAGAUCGCGUGUCGCACAUUUUGAGUGUCAAUCGUGAACUCGACAGGGAAGUGAAAGCAAACUACACGCUGAUUAUUAAAGCAUCAGAAGAUUGCUUGACAACACCGGAAGCUUUCAAUUUUACUUUCAAUAAAUAUCCAAAGAUCAUCAACAGUAAAUUAAGAAAACCAAAAAAUGAGAUCAAUCGAUUUAAAGACUCUCAAAAUAUUGUCAAUGAAACUGAAGAGAUUAUUGAAGACAUGCAAGAAUCGGAGCCUGAAAGCAGUCAACUUGUUGCUGAUGACGCAACACUUGUUCGUGUCAUUGUUUAUGUCAAAGAUAUUAAUGACAAUCCACCGAAGUUCGUGCAGAAGAUUUUCACUGGUGGUGUUGCAACUUCUGAUGAUUUUGGAACUGAGAUUAUGACAAUUAGAGCUAAUGACGCUGAUGAAGGUGACAACGCGAAAGUGUUUUACUUUCAAGUUGGCAAGACACAUCGAACAUUAGCUGAAGGACUUGAGAAGAUUAAAGAUCAGCCGUUUGUGAUUGAUAAAGAAACAGGAAGUGUGAAAUUGAAUUUUGAUCCGCAGAAAGGCAUGAAAGGGUAUUUUGACUUCAAAGUUAUGGUUAAAGAUACUGGUGGCUUCAAUGAUACUGCACACGUCUACAUUUACCUUCUUCGUGAAGAUCAAAGAUUGAAAAUUGUUUUACGACAACAGAACUUUGAGUUGAGAGAUAAAAUUGAUCGUUUCAAGCAAACGUUAAGCAAUGUGACAAAGGCAAUUGUCAAUAUUGACGAUUUUAAAGUUCAUGAGAACAAAGAUGGAACUGUUGAUAGAACAAAGACCGACUUGUAUUUGCACCUUGUUGAUAGAAAAGACAAUUCAAUCAUUGAAGUAACCGAUGUGCUUAAACUAGUCGAUCAUAACAUCGAGCAAUUGGACGAAUUGUUUAAAGAAUUUAAUGUUCUCGAUACUCAAGCUUCUGAGGCCUUGGUACUAACGUCAGAAUUCGGAAAUCCACAAACGCUGAUUUGGCUGGGGAUGAUGAACUUGGUUAUGGGCGCCCUAUUAGUGAUUGUCUUUACGCUUUGCUUGUCACAACGAACAAAUUAUCGACGGCAGUUAAAAGCAGCAAGAGUGAACUCUUAUCUUCCAUCUGAACCAGCGAAAAUUCCCAUCGCUCGUGUGCCAAAUACAAACAAACAUAGCACGGAAGGUUCCAAUCCUAUUUGGUUGAAGGCUUAUGAGAAUGAAUGGUACAAGAAUGAUGACAGUUUCAGUCAAGGUUCAACUGGACAAGAUUCGCUUGACGAAAACGUUCUUGUGACCAGCGAGUUUGAUGAUCAACAUAAACUUGCUGAUGAUAACUUCCUCAGAAACAUGUCAAAGUCUAAAGAAAUUAACGGACUACAUACGCAAAAUAAUUUAAUUAAACAUCUGAAUAUGUAUCAACAUAUUGACAAGCUGACAAACGGCGGCAUUCUUACGAAGAAAUUAGAAACAACUGAACUUUAG